CUCGUUUCUUUCUUCUUGUUCCUGUUAUGCUAUGUUGAUGUUAACAAGAGAAACGAAUGACAACGUUGGAAAGAUAGAAAUUUGUCUCCAACCCACAACCCAAUUUUCACUUGGCUUAUUUAACUUAGAAUAUUUUUCUCACCUUUCUACUAUACUCUAAUUUCCUCAAAUGUAGAGUAGUCUUUUUUUCAUUUUUAUUUUUUUAAGUUCAAGGUGUCCAAAUGUUAUUAAAUUAAAUUUUCAACUCAUUUGUUAUUUUCAGUCUUGGGAAAUUGAUGGGUCACCUUCUGAAUCUUCUCCAUGGAACUGUCUUCUUAAACAGUUUGUGUUUUAAUGACUGCCCCAAGUUGGUUAGACAAAAAACAUGUUCUUAUACUGAAAAUUUUUCCAAAUUUCAGAGAUAUAACGGUGCCCCAUAUGCGUUGCAAGGCAAUGGGGAGUUAGCAACUCAUGUUGCAAGCUCAUUUAACCGUAAGAUUUACAUUAGUAAUGGAGGAGAGUUGAAUGGUAUUCCUCAUAUACAAACUCUUAGAGAAUUUCCUAGGGAGGAGCUUUUUGGAAAAGUUAUCAUGGUCAGAUUUGAUUCUAGCAUAUUGCUCAAGCAAGAGUGCAUUGAGGAGACUCAACCAGCUUUUAAUGCAGUAUAUACUGUUAAAUAUUUACAUGAAGCCGGAGCAAAGGUCAUUCUGGUCAGUGAUUGGAAUAUGAAUACUCCAGAACUUCACAUAAAUUCAGUCGCAGAUUUCUUAUCAGCAGUUCUUCAAAUACAAGUUGUUCCACUGCAAGGAAUUUCUUGUAACAAGCUAUCAAAGAUGAAUGGCAUUGAGAAGGAGAAUAUCCAUCUUCUCCAGAAUCUCUCUAAUAUUAAAGAGGAAGUUGCUAAUUGUUUCCAGUUUUCCAGAGUAUUAUCAUCAGGAGUUGAUAUCUUUGUCAAUGACUCAUUCUCCAACUCUCAUAAAGUUCUAGCAUCUACUGUUGGUGUUACCCGUUUCUGCUAUGCCUGUAUAUCUGGUUUUCACUUUGAGGAGAGGCUUUAUGUACUGAAGAAACUUGCAGAAGCCAGCAGGAAGCCAUAUGUAGCAAUUAUUGGAGGGGGUAAUCUAUAUGAUAAAGCAGCUUCCUUUCAGUUUUUAGCUUCCAGAUGCCAAGGGUUUGUUUUUGUUGGAAUGAUGUCAUUUCAAAUAAUGCAUGCAUUAGGAGUAUCAGUCCCUCGUAAUUUGGUGGACCAUAAGGUAUUUAAUGAAGCUCUAGAUAUAGUGAGACUUGCUCGAGAUAGAAAUGUGCAGAUUCUGUAUCCAAAAGAUUUUUGGUGCAGGAAUAAAUGUGAUCCAAUGCGAUUGCAAGUAUUUCCUUCUCAUGGAAUUUUGGAUGGUUGGGUACCUGUUGACCUUGGACCAGUAUCAUUGGAUGAAAUGGGUUCUAUGCUUAGAAAUUGUAAGAAAAUAAUUUGGAUUGGUCCAGUAAAAUUUGUUGAUUCAAGUAAAUACACAAAUGCAGCAUCUAAAAUAGCAAAAAUCCUUUAUCAACUAAGCCAAAGCAACUGUGAAAUAACUGUUGUUGGGACUAUGGCAUGCAAAAUGGUGAGACAGGAAAAAAGUUCGUUGUCCUUCAUAAAUAUGAUUGAGAAUGCUUCAGUUGUAUGGGAAUUUCUCAAAGGAAGAAAUCUCCCUGGUGUUAUGGCUGUCGACAGGGGAUACCCUUUUGAAAUCAACUGGAACAGCAUUUAUUCUAACCCAGCUCAAUCUCUGGUUGUUGAUAUAGGAAGUGGCAACGGGCUGUUUCUUUUUGAAAUGGCUAGAAGGAGGAAAGAUUUAAACUUCCUUGGUUUGGAGAUCAAUGAAAAGCUUGUUUUGCGCUGUCUGGACUCUAUUCAUCAGUCUGGCAUAAAAAAUGGGUACUUUUUUGCUACAAAUGCAACAUCAACAUUUCGUUCUAUUGUUUCUACUUACCCAGGAGAGUUAGUUCUUGUCUCUAUACAGUGUCCGAACCCUGAUUUCAAUAAACCUGAGCAUAGAUGGAGGAUGUUGCAGAGAUCUUUAAUUGAAGCAGUGGUGGAUCUUCUAGCAUCUAAUGGAAAGGUCUUCUUGCAAUCUGAUGUAGAAGCUGUAGCAAUAAGAAUGAAAGAACUAUUUUUGAGAUAUGGAAAAGGUAAGCUUGAUUUGGUGCAUGGCCAAAGUGAUUGGCUUGAGGAAAACCCAUUUGGAGUUAGGUCAGAUUGGGAAAAACAUGUUUUAGAGCGUGGGGCCCCUAUGUACCGGAUGAUGUUUUCUAAAUCACCUGAUGUUUAGGGAAGUUUUGAGUUGCUAAUGAUGUGAUCCAGAAAUCUGGCUAAUGCAUGUUGUUAAUGGAUCAACCCUCCAAAGGGUUACUCUUUUUGCAGAAUCUAUAUCACACACCCAAUGAUUUCU